AAUAAACUCGGAUCUAUUCAACUCGUUUUGAUGAUUGUUAUCAAUCUGUCGGUUCAUUUUUUGUUCAACUUUAAUAAAUUGUCUCAAUUUUCAAUUGAGAUGAUAUGUUAUUAAAUUGUUUGUUUGAAUCUUUGUUAUCGUUUGGAAUAUUUGUUUAAUAUUUUUCAGGUUAUUUGAAGUAUCUAUACAGGAAUACAAUGUAUAUCAGAAAGGUCAAUUGGACUUAAUUAUUCUUGCUGCUUGGCAAACUAGUUCUUAAAACAAAAUUAUUUAGUCAUCAUUUUUUUGAUGAUGACAACAUCACAAGUUUCACCACCAUUAAGGACAUUGCCAACCAGCGUUAGCGAGUUUGAUAAAAAGCUAUUCAAAGAAGCUCAAGAAGUCGCUGAGAAACAAUUUUCUACUCAUAUUUGUACACCAUUGAAAGAUAAAUCGGGAAUAAUUCUCGAUAAGGAUAAAGAUAAAGACAAAGACAAGGAAAAGAAACUCAAUUCAAGUGUUAGCUGUACUCCUGGAUUAACCGGUGGAUCCCCAACCUCUACCCUUAGAUGUCCAGCUGCAAUUGAAUUUGGAAAAUAUGAAAUUGAUACUUGGUACUCAUCACCAUAUCCUCAAGAAUAUGCUCGACUUCAUAAGCUGUUUAUUUGUGAAUUCUGUUUAAAAUACAUGAAAAGCAAGCCUAUCUUGGAAAGGCAUUCUACUAAAUGUGUUCUUUUUCAACCUCCUGCAACUGAGAUUUAUCGUAACAAUCAUAUUAUUGAUGAUGAUGAUGUCCAAUUAAGUGUUUUCGAAGUGGAUGGCUUGGUUAGCAAAAUAUAUUGUCAAAAUUUAUGUCUUCUUGCAAAAUUAUUUCUCGACCAUAAAACUUUAUAUUAUGACGUCGAACCUUUCCUAUUUUAUGUAUUGACUCGAAAUGAUGAAAAAGGCUGUCAUCUUGUUGGGUAUUUCAGCAAAGAAAAACAUUGUGCGCAAAAAUAUAAUGUUUCUUGUAUUAUGACACUUCCUAUUUAUCAAAGACAGGGUUAUGGACGAUUCCUUAUUGAAUUCAGUUAUCUUCUUUCACGACGUGAAGGUAUGGCUGGUACACCAGAAAAGCCUCUUUCUGACCUUGGUAAACUAUCAUACCAAUCGUUCUGGAAGUCAAGUAUAUUAAAGUUCAUUAAAGACAAAGAAACCACCAACAUUGAAGAAAUUUCCAAAGCAACCGGUAUGAAUGUGCACGACAUUGCAUCAACUUUACAAACAUUUGAUAUGAUCAGUUAUCACGAAGAGGAAGGAUCUCCAAAGUAUAAUAUAAAAUUGAAAGCAGAAAUGCUUGAAAGUUUAUCAAGACGUAGACUAUGGGUCGAGGAAGACGGCUUACGAUGGACACCAUUAAUAGCACCUAAUAGUGUUUGUAGUCAAGAAGGAAGUGCAGGUGAAGAAGAUGAACAACCGCACAUCCAACUAACCAUAGAUGAACAAAAAAUUAAAAGUGGCCCUAUUGGUCCUGCCAAAAAUUCGCUUACUCCACUGCCUUCAAAUAAUGAUUCUACUAUUUUAACUUCAAAGUCUUCGCGUAAAAAAAGGAGAAGAAAGACCAAGACAUGGUAUGAUUCUGCAAAAAAGAGAAAACAGAGGUCGGAUUUAAAAAUUCCACAAGAUGAAAACGCUCUCGACGAAGCCAUUGAUGGCAAUUUAAACAAUAAUGGUGACCUAGAUCAAGAAAUGGAUGAGGAUAGGAAUGAUGACAACACUAGACAAUCAAUCGUUUGCUCUUCUCGUAACUCACCAGAAGACUUUGGUUCGUCCACGGAAGAGGAAACUGAAAAGGGUGAUCUUAUUUUCAACAAUACCAUGACUAGUGAGAUCGAUGAUUCGUUUGUUAAGGGACACUCUGGACCGAUCAAGAAAGAGUCUUCUUUAUCACCAGCCAAAACUCGAGCACUUGCCAGACUUAACUCUUCAGUUAACAUGACCAAUCUAAAUGGUACAAUGAAUGAAAGUAAAGAUGAAAAAGCAUCACCUAUCAUUAGUGGUAAAAUUAAUGAUGUGAAUAAGAUAACUGAAGAAACUAAACUCAUCAGUAUGAAAGAUUUCGAUGAUAGUGAUGAAGAUAGUAAUGACAAUAGUAAUAUUUCCAAAUCAAUUUCAAAAAUUACUAAAUCCAACGGACCAGUUGGAAUAAAAAAAGAAUCCUCUGAUACAUUGGAGGACGAGGUUGGUCAACUUUUGCAGGAUAAAUCUGAGGAUGAAGAUCUCAAUGAUUCAACUUCAACAGAGGUUGAUAUGUGCUAAUUUUUUUCCUGUAAUUAUAGAGAAAUAAGAGAUUCUGUCAAUGUUUAUUUAUUUUGUGAUUAAGACACAUGCAGUUUUUUUACUGCUCUACACGAGCUAUCUCAUUCUUUCUUUCUUUCUAUAUAUAAUCUUUCAAUCCAACUUUUUCACUUAGCAUCCAAUGAAUACAAUAAUAAAAACGAAAUUAUGUUCACUAUUAAAAAUGUUCAAUUUUCA